CUGUACCUUGACAAAUCAGUCAAUUAAAUAUUAUUUUAUUUUUCGUAAAUUUCAUUUUAAAAAUUCUCCGUUAAAUGGCAAAAACUUUGAAUGGGGAAAUAAUACAGAUCCACGUGGGCCAGGCUGGUGUUCAGAUAGCCAAUGCAUGUUGGGAGCUGUAUUGCAUAGAACAUGGAAUCAAUUCAAACGGAUGCUUGUGUCAGAUUCCCAAGGACGAUUCCUACAAAACAUUUUUUGCUCUUUCGCAGUCAAUGAAAGUGGUGCCUCGUUUGGUGCUAGUUGACUCUGAACCAACAGUUAUAGAUGAAAUUCGAACGGGUUGGUAUCGUAAUUUGUUCCAUCCGGAUUCCUUAAUCAAUGGAAAAGACGAUUGUGGAAGCAAUUUUGCACGUGGCUAUCAUACAAUUGGUAUGGAGCUGAUCGAUUUUACAAUGGAUAGGAUAAGAAAGCUGGCUGAAGUUUGUGAUAAUUUGAGAGGUUUUCUUAUGUUUCGCGCAAUAGGCGGAGGAACUGGAUCCGGUUUUGGAAAUUUACUAUUCGAACAGUUUCAAAUGGACUUUGUUUAUUUUAGCUAUCAGCUUUUUUGUAUUUCAUUAACUAAAAGAAUGGCUCCACUUAUCAUUGAAUCUUACAAUGCUCUUUUAUCAACUCAUUUGGGCAUGGAUAUAAGCGACUGCAGCUUCAUUAUGGACAAUGAAGCUCUGUAUGAUAUUUGCACACGGAAAUUGGAUGUAAAAAGUCCAACCUACACAAAUAUAAACCGAAUAAUUGCCCAGGUUGUUUCUUCCUUUACUGCUCCACAAAGGUUUUAUGGAAGUUCUAAUAUUUCUUUUGGAGAGUUUCAAACGAACCUAGUUCCGUAUCCCCGGAUUCACUUUCCUUUGGUCAGUUAUGCCCCACUGAGUUGUUUGGCAAAGUCUUGCUACGAUGAAAAUUCCAUCAAUCAACUGACGCUGCAAUGCUUCGAUCCAUCAAACCAUUUAGUUCGAUGUAGUCCAGCUCAAGGGAAAUACAUGGCAUGCGUUCUACUUUACAGAGGAGACAUUUCAACAGGAGACAUUAAUGCUAGUAUGAGGACACUUGAUUCCAUUACUUCGGGACGAUUUGUUGAAUGGUCUCCAACGGGAUUUAAGACUGCAACUAAUAGUAUGCCACCAAGUUUUGUGCAGGGAGGUGAUCUUGCUGCUACAAACCGAGCUGUAACAGCCUUAACGAACAAUACUGCUAUUGAAAAAGCCUGGUGUCGUUUGAUAAUUAAGUUCAACAAGCUCUUUAAAAGAAGGGCAUUUAUUCAUCAUUUUCUAACUGAAGGAAUGGAAGAGUCUAGCCUCACAGAGGCCUCAGAGAAUAUUUGUUCUUUAAUAAGAGACUAUCAGGAGGUUAAUAAAUUAUGAUAAAACACUUUUUUU